GUUUUUUUUUUUUUCCUGUUGGUUGAGGACAGCACGGGCCGAGUCGGGAGAGGAGACCAGAAAGCCAAGUGGUGAUUUUUGAUGAAGGCACACGUAAGGUCACUAUGAAGGCUCUGUAUGGUCAGCAGAAUUCUCCUGGAGAGGAAAUGACAUUUGUGUUCCAGGAAAGAGAGAACCUUCCUGCCACCAGUGACCACGAGGUGAAGGUGCAGGUCAGAGCCUGUGCUCUCAGCUGGGUGGACACAAAGCUCCUGUCAGAAAUUAAACUGAAGAAGCAACUGGUGCCUGUAGGGCGAGAAAUUUCAGGAGUUGUGCUGGAAGUUGGAAGCAAGGUGACCUUUUUCCAGCCAGAUGAUGAAGUGGUGGGAAUUUUGCCCCUGGAUUCUGAGGAGUCUGGUGUCUGUGAAGUUAUCCUGGUUCACGAGCAUUAUUUGGUUCACAAGCCAGACAAGGUGUGCUGGGUGGAGGCUGCCGGGACGCUGCGGGACGGGCUCCGUGCAUACACAGCCCUGCACUACCUGGCCCAGGUGUGCCCUGGCAGGAGUGUCCUGGUCCUGGAUGGAGCAAGUCCCUUUGGUACCAUUGCCAUUCAGUUGGCUCAGCACAGAGGGGCCAAAGUCAUCUCCACUGCCCACAGCCUGGAGGACAAGCAGUACCUGGAGAGGCUCAGACCUGCUGGGGGAGCCCGGCAGCCUUUGGUGGCCCGGGUGAUCGACGUGUCCCACGGCAAGAUCGACGUGGCCGAGAGCUGCCUGGAGGAGACGGCGGGGCUGGGCGUGGACAUCGUGCUGGAUGCUGGAGUGAGGUUAUUCAGUGCUGAAGAUGAACCAGCUCCCAAAUCUCAGCUGCUGCCUCACAAGCACGACAUCAUCACUCUGCUGGGGGUUGGGGGACGCUGGAUCACCACGGAAAAGAACCUGCAGCUGGAUCCUCCAGACAGCCAUUCCUUGUUCCUUAAGGGAGCCACAGUGUCCUUCCUGAACGAUGAGGUCUGGAACUUGUCCAAUGUGCAGCAGGGGAAGUAUCUCGCCAUCCUGGAAGAUAUCAUGGAGAAAUUAUCCAAUAGCAUUUUCAGGCCUCAGCUGGAUGAACCGAUCCCAUUAUACGAAGCCAAAGUUUCUAUGGAAAUAGUUCAGAAGAAUCAAGCAAGAAAGAGACAAGUCAUCCAGUUCUGACACACAACUUCUGAUUUCUCAGCCUGGGGAAGAUAAAGAGAUGUAUUUGUGGAGUAAAUCAGUGUACACUUGCAGGCAGUAAAGAGAAUUCAAACAUU